AUAGAUAAUAAAUAAACCAAGUGAUUCUCUGUAAAAAAUUUGCAUAAUUUCAAAAUUUUCACUUUCAUUAUCGUACCGUACCGUACAUUAAAUAACAAAGUUAUUACAAUAUCUAAGUAAUACAUACAUGUUCAAUAUCGUACAACUCAAAACCCUUAACAUAGAUUUUUCACUAAUUAAUAAAAUUCAGUAUGUUUCAAAGAGUAAAGUAAAGUUAACAAAAACCACAAAAAAAGAAGUGCAAUACGGUGCGGUAUCAUUGAUGAGACUGAACUUUAAUAAAUUCUGAUUCAGUUUAUUGUAUAACAACCAAAACAUAACACACGAUAAUAGUAUUAAUGAAUAAAUUUUCUAAUCAUGCAUGAAAAUAUCAUGAGCGAUAUCGAAACAACGACGCCGGAUCGAUGGAUUGAGAAUGAAAAAAUAAUGAAGAGCAAGUUGAUGAAAUUACCAAAUUGGUACCAGAUCCCACUAAUUAAUUCAAAUGCUUCACAUAAUUUAACAGACGGAAACUUAGUGCGGUUCAGAGGCAUGAUCCAAGACAUGCACAACCCUGAAUUUUACUUUGAGAAAUUUGAAGUAUUUAACACAACAACAAAUGAAGUAAAGGUUAAAAGUGGAAAAUACAGAGAUACUGCACAUGUUUUGGAAAAUGAGAAAAUUAACUAUUCUGAGAACCUAAUCAGUGGUCAGCGACAGACUUUAGUUGUUGUGUCUAUACCUGGGUUAAAUGACUGGGUCCAACAACUAGAAGAUAAACAAAACUAUUUGAAACAUUUAGAAGAACCACCAAAUACUUCCAAAAGGCUUCACCCAAGUACAAAGUUAAAAAGAAGCUACGAUGAUACAGAAGAUAAUUUGGAUGAAAUGGAAGUUGAUAAUGAAGCUGUGAAUAAGGAAAUGAAGAUUUUAGAUCACAAAGAUAAUACACCUGAUGUGGUUUCAAGAGAACAUUUGUUAAAUUAUCCUCUACCUGAUGUACCUAGCAAAUCUUGCAUUGUUAAGAUUUACAGUGACAAUGAAAAUCUCAAGCUCAAUGACAUGAUAGAAGUCAUUGGAUUUCUUUCUGUAGAUCCAUCCCUAUCAGGCGAAUUCAAGGAAGAUAAGGAUUCUAUGAUAGAGCUCCAGAUUGAGAGUAGUGUCGAAAUUAUAACUCAUAAUCCUCCACCAAGCUUAGUACCACGAUUGCAUGCUGUUCAUGUACAAAAAUUGGAACAUUGCAAUCCAUUACUUUCAAAUAGUGUUGAUCAAGGUGUGAUUUUAAGUGAGGCAAACGCAGCAAGGGAGCAUUUAUUGAAAGCCUUGACGGAACUCUUACUGGGAGAUCAAUUAGCUGCUGAAUAUUUGAUAUGUCAUCUUAUUGCUUGUGUCUAUCUUCGUCAAGAUACUAUGAACUUGGGACAGUUCUGUUUGAACCUAUCAAAUUUGCCAACACAGAAAUAUCCAAAUUAUGCACAACAGCUAUAUGAUAUUAUCAAGCAAUUUGUCACCAAAAGCUACUAUUUACCACUUACCAUUGAAAAUAUGAAUACAUUGACAUUAUUGCCUAAGAAAGACUAUGAAUGUAAUCGUCUAGCUAGUGGAGUACUACAGCUCAGUAAAGAUACGCAUCUAAUUUUGGAUGAAACCAAGAUGGAACAAGGUCGGCUCGAUGCGACCGGCGUCAACAAUAUAGCUGCUCUCGGUAAAAUGAUUAUGACACAGAAAGUUGAAUAUGAUUUCAAAUAUUAUAAAAUGGAAUUUGAUUCAGAUAUCUCUGUGCUGGUAUUGUCUGAAGGAAAGUCAUUGUUGCCAAGUGAUUACCAUGUUCCAUUGAAACCAGAAGAAUCUUCACUAGAAAUAUUUGAUGCCAUAGUUGAAGCAGCCACAUACUACUUAACGGAGGACUUGAUGAAUAUGAUCAGGGCGUAUCUAACCAACCUGAAACUUGUGAAAUAUUCUAUAACUGAAGACUUGCAGUUUGUAGAAAAUGAUUUCAUAGAUAUGAGAAGUAAAUCAAGCAGUGAUAAUCCCGUAACGGCAGACGAUUUACAUAGAUUACUGGUGUUGGCGCGCCUGGUCAGUUUAUCGCGCGGCCACGAUACUCUAAGUAAAGAAUGCUGGGACAUCACAAAGGCAAUGGAAACUGAAAGAUUACAUCGAGUGAAGAAUAGAGUUGCCUCUACUGUAUAAGAAUAAGAAUAAAUGAUUUUAAAGGUUUUGAACAUGAUUAAAAACACUUUUACAUUUGAACCUAUACUUAAUUUAAAUUGUUUUUAAUCAUGAUUUAAUAAAAUUCUUACAUUUU